UUUGGGGCCCGAAUGUUUACCCCUGCACCGCAAAAUCCAGAACGAAGAACAAGGAGACAACGUUUUUAUCGCCGUCGAAGUUUCUCCCGACACUGUAGCUAUCAGCUAGGGAGAGUCAGCAAAUGGCUACAUACAUGAUGAGUAUGGGAGAAGCACACAGGCGAAUCGCAGAGUACCUGAGCCGCUUCCACGACGCCGUUUCGUCUCAAGAUGGCACAUCUCUGAGCACACUCUUCUUCAUCUCCUCCAACUCUUCCCUCAUCCUCCCUCUAUCCGACGCUCUCAAAACAUUCCAGGAUCCUAAUCGAGUGAUCAGACAAUCUGAGUGUUCUCACUAUGCAGACAUACUGCUUCCAUUAUUCCGUGCUUUCCAGAGCUAUAAACUCAAGAACUUGGCUGAGGCCUACCAGGCUUUUGAAAAGGCUGCCAAUUCUUUCGUUCAAGAGUUCCGCAACUGGGAAUCAGCUUGGGCUCUGGAAGCACUUUAUGUCAUUGCAUAUGAAAUCAGAGUUCUUGCUGAAAGGGCCGACAGAGAGUUGGCCUCCAUGGGAAAAAACCCUGAAAAAUUGAAAGCAGCGGGGUCCUUCCUUAUGAAAGUAUUUGGGGCACUCGCUAGUAAAGGCCCCAAACGUGUAGGAGCAUUAUACGUGACAUGCCAACUUUUUAAAAUUUAUUUCAAGCUUGGAACUGUCCACUUGUGUAAAAGUGUGACAAGAAGUAUUGAAACUGCCCGGAUUUUCGACUUUGAGGAAUUCCCUCUCAGGGAUAAAGUCACUUACAUGUACUACACUGGUCGUUUGGAGGUCUACAAUGAAAACUUUACCGCUGCUGAUCAAAAGUUGUCAUAUGCCUUGGCACACUGUAAUCCUCAAAAAGAGGGAAAUGUGAGGAUGAUACUCAAAUAUCUGAUACCUGUGAAGCUUUCAAUAGGAAUCUUGCCUAAAAGUUUCCUCCUUGUGAAGUAUGAUCUAAAUGAGUACAGUAACAUAGUGCUUGCUCUUACAAGAGGUGAUCUCCGACUUCUUCGAUCCGCUCUACAUGAACAUGAAGAUCAGUUCUUGAGGUCAGGUGUUUACCUGGUCCUAGAGAAGCUAGAGCUUCAAGUUUAUCAGAGGUUACUAAAGAAGAUAUACAUCAUGCAAAAGCUGAAGGAUCCAAAUAAAGCUCAUCAAAUUAAGCUGGAUUUAAUUGUAAAAGCCCUGAAGUGGCUUGAGAUGGAUAUGGAUGUUGAUGAGGUUGAAUGCAUAAUGUCUAUCUUAAUUUAUAAAAAUCUUAUGAAAGGCUAUUUUGCCCACAAGAGCAAAGUAGUGGUUUUAAGCAAGCAAGAUCCAUUCCCCAAAUGGACAGGCAAACCAGGAAAUUUGUAGAGAAGAUAAUGUGGUUGCUCUAUACAAGCAAUGGUGUUGUACCCUUCAGAGCCCUUCCUGAAAAGGCCAUCCUGUCAUUAAGUUAAAGAAAUUGAACUUAAUUGUAAGCAUAAGGUGUUUAUUUUCUUUCUUCCAUAAUCACUUUGCCCCACCAUAAAUCAAAGUCCAAAAAAUUCUCACAUGUGGAUCUAAAAUUGAUGGAUUGGCUUGGAUGUUGUUGAUGUUGUUGAAACAUUGAUGGAGAUAAUGUAACAUUGACCAGACGGUCAACACAAGAAUCGAUUGGUUGGUGGUCAAACGGUCUACUCCGGGAACUGAAAGGUCUUUAUUCAGUCAGAAAUGGAAUAGUCACAACAUGAACCAGAUGAUCGUCAUUAAUGGAGAAUAUUAUAAGUGUCAUCAUCCUCAGGUGGUCACAAGGUUGAAACACUCAUCCCAGUCAAUGAUGUUGGUAUUUAAUUAGGAUGCUUUUAAUUGGAAUAAAUUUUAUGAUCUGGUCUGGUAGAUGCUUGUUUUAUGUGUAUUUUACGACUCCGGAAGUGUGGUCUGUUCUAGACUGGUUUUUUUAAUUUUCAUCUGGUUUGAGAGUAAAACUAGUCCAAUAAAAAAACAUACUUAAUUGUCACUCA